AGAAGAAGAAGAAGAAGAAGAAGAAGAAGAAGAAGAAGAAGAAGAAGAAGAAGAAGAGGAAGAAGAAAGUUUGUUGAGAUAUCGAUCGGUUCGUUCUUCACACUACGAGUAAAUACCUUGAAGGUUUUUCAUCAGCUAAACUCAAAAGGAUCUUCUUUUCUAUUGUCCGCUUAGGGAUUAUCCUCCUGGAUCUUCAAGGAUUCAUCUUCGUGAUAACGGUUUGCCGAACGCAGUCAAGCUGGCUGCCUCUGGUGGUAAGCCCUCCGUUGCCGUCGCCGCCUCCGCGCACCCCCCUGUGCUGUGGAGCUCGCGCAGAAAGCCGGGCCUGCACUUGCGGAGCAUCGAGGAGCCGAGGAUGACGGCGGAAACGGCAGCUCCUUGUCUGCAGGGGGUGCAAGGGGUGCAGGGCGUUAUGGCGGCAGGUCAGGGUAUGUUGCAACAGGUGCAAGAUGGAAAAUCAACGGGUAGUUAUUACACCUCAACUACGACCGUAUACGAUCCGGAAUAUGCACGAAUGGAAGCUUGGUUGGACGAACACCCUGAUUUCGUCAAUGAUUAUUUUCUCAGAAAGGUGACACGACAAACGGUAGACAUGUGGUUGGUGUCGCAUGCGACACCAACGUCCUCAUCGAGCAGUUGCAUAGAACUGUCUAGUCCAACCCACGCCGGUGGUGGUUCAUCGUCAUCCGGUCGAGGUGCUUCAAGUGGUGGCUCUGGUGCUACCACCCCGGUUAGGAAGAUCUCUGCUCACGAAUUUGAGCGUGGUGGUCUUUUGAAACCAAUCGUCAAUACGAUAGACGGUACACCUACGUUCCUCAGUGUUUCAUCAGGAGAAACUGAUCAAUCAAGUGGACAACCAGUUGGUUCAACUAAUUCUGCGCGAACCCAAAGACGAUCCAGGCACGAACUUAGGCAUCUCGAUGAGAAGGAUCUCAUUUUUGAACUGGUCAAGGACAUUUGUAACGAGUUGGACGUAAGAUCAUUGUGUCACAAGAUCCUUCAAAACGUAAGCACUUUGCUUCACGCCGAUCGCGGUUCAUUGUUCCUUGUACAAGGUGAAAGAGGUGGUGGACAUGUACCAUUAUUACAAAAUCACGAGACUAGUAUUAACAAUAGCGAAAACAAUGGUGGUUCACGAAGAUUCGUCAAUCAAAAUUACGGACAAUCCUAUUCGAGAAGUAGGUGUCUCGUUUCUAAACUCUUUGACGUUUGUUCGAGGUCAACGUUACUCGAGAUGGAAAAGAAAGAUGAAAUCAAGAUUCCUUGGGGUACUGGGAUAGUUGGUUACGUUGCUGAAAGUGGUGAACCUGUCAACAUACCAGACGCUUAUAAGGAUUCGAGGUUUAAUCGAGAGAUCGAUGCACUUACGGGAUACAGAACGAGAGCAUUAUUGUGCAUGCCAAUCAAGGAUUGCAACGGUGACGUAGUCGGAGUUGCACAGGUCAUCAACAAACUUGGCGGUGAGGCACAAUUUACCGCUCAGGAUGAAAAAGUAUUUGCCGGUUAUUUGCAAUUUUGCGGUAUCGGUUUGAGAAAUGCACAAUUGUACGAGAAAAGUCAAUUGGAAGUUAAAAGAAAUCAGGUGCUGUUGGAUCUUGCUAGAAUGAUCUUCGAGGAACAAAGUACGAUAGAACAUAUGGUCCUCAGAAUUUUAACACACACUCAAUCGUUAAUUCAAUGCCAACGUGUACAGGUAUUACUGGUUCAUAAAGCAUCGAAAGGAAGCUUUUCACGUGUAUUUGAUUUCGAGGCUAACGAUCUUACCGGUGAAGAUUCUGAUUCUCGUACGAGUCCGUUCGAGAGUAGAUUUCCUAUAAACGUCGGCAUCACCGGAUACGUGGCGACGACAGGCGAGACUGUCAGUAUACCAAAUGCAUACGAAGAUCCAAGAUUUGAUCCAUCGGUGGACGAAGGUACGGGUUUUCGACAUCGUACCAUUCUCUGCAUGCCCAUCAAAAAUUCAUCUGGGCAAAUAAUUGGUGUUAUACAAUUGAUCAACAAAUUCGAUGAUCUACAAUUUACGAAAAAUGACGAGAACUUUGUUGAGGCGUUCGCCAUUUUCUGCGGCAUGGGCAUACACAAUACGCACAUGUACGAGAAAGCUGUUGUAGCUAUGGCCAAACAAAGUGUGACCUUGGAAGUAUUGAGUUACCAUGCAUCGGCUUCUUUAGAGGAUGCUCAAAGACUGAGGGGAUUAAGAGUACCAUCCUCGGCGCAUUUUCAAUUGCACGAUUUCAAAUUCGAUGACAUUUACAUGGAGGAUGACGAAACUCUGACAGCAUGUUUACGAAUGUUUCUUGAUCUUGACUUUGUCGAACGUUUUCAUAUUGAUUACGACGUAUUAUGUCGAUGGUUGCUAAGCGUUAAAAAAAAUUAUCGUAACGUAACUUAUCACAAUUGGCGACACGCCUUUAAUGUCGCACAAAUGAUGUUCGCAAUAUUAACAGCUACACAAUGGUGGAAGGUUUUCGGUGAAAUCGAAUGUCUGGCAUUGAUAAUUGCUUGUCUUUGUCACGAUCUUGAUCAUCGUGGUACCAACAAUUCAUUUCAAAUCAAGGCUUCCUCACCAUUGGCACAACUUUAUUCAACGUCAACCAUGGAACAUCAUCAUUUCGAUCAAUGUUUAAUGAUACUAAGCAGUCAGGGUAAUCAAAUAUUAUCUAAUCUAUCACCGGAAGAAUAUUCACGAGUGGUAAAGGUACUCGAGGAAGCUAUACUAUCGACGGAUCUUGCUGUAUAUUUUCGAAAAAGGGGAGCCUUUUUCAGUCUGGCACGAGGUGGCGGUUAUAAUUGGGCAUACGGAGAUCAUCGUGAACUUUUACGUGGUAUGUUGAUGACCGUAUGCGAUUUGGCGGCCAUUACGAAACCAUGGGAAGUUGAGAAAAGGGUUGCCGAAUUAGUUAGCAGCGAAUUUUUCGAACAGGGUGAUAUUGAAAGGCGAACUUUAAAUAUUACUCCUAUCGAUAUUAUGAAUAGGGAAAAAGAGGACCAAUUGCCGAUCAUGCAAGUUGGUUUCAUCGAUUCGAUUUGCCUUCCUAUUUAUGAGGCAUUUGCAAUACUAUCGGAAAAAUUGGAACCUUUGGUAGAAGGUGUGAGAAAUAACAAACGUCAUUGGAUAGAAAUAGCAGAAUCCAAAUGUUCGACAGAAAAUUGCACGAAUCACGAUAGGACGUCAACACCAUCAGACGAUGAUAACGAAGAGAUCAACGAACAGGCGGACCAAUAGUCAUUAAAAAAACAAUAAUUAUAUAUACAUAUAUACAUAUAUUUAUCAGUGUCCUAUGACUAA